AUGUCCAACCUCAUAGUUGACACAACUGCCACCGGAGUAGCAUGCGCAUCCCAAGAUCAGAUGAUUCAAAGAACGUCGAACUUGUUCAUCAACAAUGUUUACUACAACAUUGUUUUCCACCUUCUCACCUUCCUUUUCACACCUUUUGCAAUCAAAAAACUCCUCAACACUGCCUACUUCCAAACGUCUACGGUUAUCCUGCUCAUUUCCAAUAUAAGUUUUGGAGCUCUUCACAAUGUGAUCUACCUUGUCAUCCAGCUCUGGUCCCUAGAACGAAGUUUCACCUAUUGGAGCGAUCCGUGUAGCAUUAUGUUCACCGAAUACGAAUGUUUCCCAUUUUAUCGUCUCAACAUCCUCAGUCGACUUUUGGUGAUGUUCAACUAUAUAUUCUUGGCCAUUGACAUUCUUCUCAAUCUUCGCAAUAUUCGGGAACCAACCAAGGCUCGUGGAUAUGUCUUCAUCGUAUUCACAUUCAUCACAUCGGUUGCCUUGUGUGCCUAUAUGACUUGCGAUGGUCCAAAUGGCAACAUAAUGGCCAACUGCCUGUCUCGAACGGGUCGAGACUUGAACGAGUUGAGAAGCCAAUUAUGGGUCUACGUCGGAAUGGCAGUUUUCUCAUUUUUGCUCAACGUCUUCUCGUUCUCGAUGAGCUGGUCUCGGAACAAAGUUAGACAAGGAAACGUGAACAGAACAUAUCAGAACAUCGUGAAUUUCAACUCUUCUCGCUUUCUACUCGGGACUGCGACCAUCUCAAUGUUCAUCAUGGCAUUGUAUCCGGCUGGUGUCCUCUGCCUUGUCAGUCUUGUGGAUACUUAUGAUCGAUCGGUUCUGGGAAACUAUGUUUUGUGGGCUUAUACCUACAUCUACGCGAUCCUCGUCCUUCCUGCUUCUCUUUUCUUCUACAUCAGAUGCAUCGAAAGGAAGCGUAAAAAUCAAGUCAAUGGUGAAGUGAAAAAUGUAGAGGCUGCAGAGAGGGUGCAAAAUCAUCACUUCAAGGAUUUGGAAAACUUGUGGGAAGUGGGAUUCGACAAGGCAGUGAAGGCAGGAAAGCAACCAGCGUUGACUCCAAUUGAAUAA